AUGGCGGCAGGUAACAUCACGCUCAUUGUUGAGCCAAGGGGCAAGCCCAUCCGCAAAAUCCCCAAGGAAGUUGAAAUAUCUCUCAAUGCCAGCAGCGAAGAGCUGUACACUGCGUUCUCCGCUGCGUCCGGUCACUCCGUCCACCGGUUGAGAAUCACCAAGGGCAGCGACCGCAGCGUGGUCCCCAAUUCCACUGCCACCAUCGAUUCCACCGGUCUGCGGGACUCGAGCGUGAUCCACGUGAAGGAUCUCGGUCCCCAAAUCGCCUGGCGCACUGUGUUCAUCAUCGAAUACCUCGGUCCCCUCCUCAUUCCCGCUCUCUUCCUCUUCCCCCUUCGACCCCUUCUGUACUUCAACUUCGACAAGAUCCCCGCCCCCUCCGACACCCAGCUCCUGGUCUGCGCUCUGCUGAGCGUGCACUUCCUCAAGCGCGAGUUUGAGACCAUCUUCGUGCACCGCUUUAGCAGCGCUACCAUGCCCGCCCGCAACAUCGUCAAGAACAGCGCCCAUUACUGGAUCCUGGCUGGUUUCAACAUCGCCUACUGGGUCUUCCGCCCUGACGCCACUGCCGCUACAAGCACUCCCAACGAACCCCUUGUAUACCUCGGUCUCGCGAUCUUCGUCUUUGGUGAGCUAGCCAACUUGAACGCACACUAUAUCCUGCGCGGUCUCCGUCGCCCUGGUACUACCGAGCGUGGCAUUCCGUCUGGCUUCGGCUUCAGCUUGGUUACCUGCCCUAACUACUUCUUUGAGAUCUUGGCUUGGCUGGGUGUGUUCUUGGUCAGUCAGUUGAACUGGAGUGUGUUGUUCUUCACUUUUGUGGGUGGUGCGCAGAUGUGGAGCUGGGGUUGGAAGAAGGAGAAGCGCUACCGCAAGGAGUUCGGUGACAAGUACAAGAAGAAGAGGGCUGUUAUCUUCCCUGGUCUUGUUUGA